AUGUAUAGAAACCAAUACGAUUCUGAUAUUACAACUUUCAGUCCUUCAGGCAGAAUUCACCAGAUUGAAUAUGCUAUGGAGGCUGUCAAGCAGGGCAGUGCAGCGAUCGCACUCAAGUCGAAACAGUACGCCGUACUGAUCAGUUUGAAGAGAUCGAGCUCCGAGCUGGGCUCCUACCAGAAGAAGAUAUUCAACGUCGAUGAUCACAUUGGCAUUGCCAUCUCUGGUCUCACCGCCGACGCCAGAGUACUGUGCAACUACAUGCGAAAUGAAUGCUCCAACUAUAAAUACGUAUACGAGGCCGAUAUGAGAGUUGAGAGACUUGUUACCAAGGUUGCAGAUAAGUCACAGGUGCAUACACAGAGAUACGGAAGAAGACCAUAUGGUGUUGGUCUGUUGGUAGCUGGCUAUGAUCAAACCGGAGCUCACAUUUUCCAGACAUGCCCAUCAGGCAACUUCUACUCGUACAAAGCUAUUUCGAUUGGCGCUAGAUCACAGUCGGCCAAGACCUAUCUGGAGAAGCACUUUGAGGUCUUUGAGACAUGCUCACUGCAAGAGUUGAUCGUUCACGGUCUUCGUGCUCUUCGUGAGACCAUCCCCAACAGCGACACUGGUCUCAACUCCAAGAAUGUAUCCAUUGGCUUUGUUGGACACGAUCAAGCAUUCAAGAUUAUUGAAGGAGAUGAUACACAAGCCUAUCUUGACUCAAUUGAGAAUGAGGCCGCUGAGGGUGAGGGAGAGGCCAUGCAGGUUGGCAAC